AAGGAUCUGAGCCAGCCCAUCUCGAAUUAUUUUAUCAGCAGCAGCCACAAUACAUAUAUCGAGGAUGGCAACCAGAUCACUGGGGAGGCCAAGGCCCUGCAGUAUAAAAAGGUUCUCGAGAGUGGUUGCAGAUGUGUCGAGAUCGAUGUGUGGAACGGACUCGAGGCAGACGACGACGUGGACAGCCUGGCACCAACCAAGACCAGGUCGACCCACAGCCGAGAGAAGAAGAGAAAGCAGCAGCAACAGCAGCAACAGCAGCAGACUAACAAGCAUUGGUCCUUCUCAUCCAUGUCCAUCCCCUUCAGGACCGUGUGCCGGACCAUCAAGGACUCGGCCUUUACCAACGGCAACGACCUGCCCGUCAUUAUCAGCCUCGAAGUCCACGCCAACGUCUCACAGCAGGAGAAGAUGGUGGACAUCAUGAGGGAAGAAUGGGGCGACCUCCUGCUGGACAAGGUUCUGCCUCACUGCCACCCGGAAGAGAAACAACCCACGCUGGGGGACCUGAGGAACAAGAUUCUCAUCAAGGGCAGCGACAAAUCCGACUGCGGUGCCUUCUCGCCGCAGAUCUACAGCAAGACAACGCAUGAAGAGGCGCAGCAGGGCUGCCGGCAGCAGCAGAAAGAGACGGUCCCCAAAAAGUUCAUCUGCCAUGCCCUCAAGCAGCUCGCCAUCUAUACCUAUAGCCCGGGCCACUUCACUUCCUUCGACCUCGAGGACGCCAAGAAACCCGCGCACAUCUACUCGUUCGGGGAGGAGAAGCUCAAGACCCUCCACCGCACCGAGCACAACGACCUGUUCAAGCACAACCGGGGCUUCCUUGUGCGAACCUUUCCCGAGAGCUUGUCGUCCUUCCUGUCGUCCAACCCAAACUACCCAACCUUGUUCUGGCGCAAAGGGGUGCAGAUGGUGGCGCUGAACUGGCAGGUUUGGGACACAGCCAUGGAGCUGAACGACGCCAUGUUCGACCAUGAGAAUGGCUGGGUGCUCAAGCCCACUGGCUACCGGAGCAACGAGACCAAGGCUAACUGCCAGGCCGACGUCAUGGGAAAGAAGAUGGACCUAACCAUCACCGUCCUGGCUGGGCAGCACAUACCAUCAGACGACCAUUCCGAAUCCAGCAGGGGCACCACGAGAAUCAAUCCGGCCGCCGUGAAUGCAGAUCGUUUUCGCCCGAGGGUCACCUGCUUCCUGCAUGUCGAGAGUGCGGCCGAGAGAAACCCCAAGAAGAGCAUCUCCAAGGAUGACACAUCUCGAAAGACGAGGACGGCGAGGACGGAACAGCCUGACUGGGGCUCUAGCGGCUCGAAGCUUCACUUCCCCACGGUGCGCCACGUGGUGGAGGAGUUGAGCUUCGUCAGAUUCUAUGUGGAACACUGUGGCCGUAGUUGGCCCGAACGAACCGCCUGGGCCUGUGUCAGGCUGGACAGGCUACAAGAAGGAUACAGGCUGAUCAAGCUGAAGACGGACGAUGGCUACAAGAGCGACGGUCUCCUCCUAGUCAAGAUCGAGAAGAAGCUCUCUGACGAGACCCCACGGUCCCUGUCGCUGCGGCGUAAGACUUGGAACACCUGCAAGGACGAAGUCUCGCAGCUGAAGUCGAGAUGGACAUGCAUGGGAUGACAAGGACGAUGAUGAUAUCGUCUGUGAUGCCUAACACGAAAGAGAGGGAGAUGUAUAGGGACAGGGAGAGAAGGGGUCUUUUUCCUUAUACGGCGUAAUCACAGUGGCACUUCAUCGGGUUUGAAUUCUGUCCAGGCGUUGGAUGAUUCCUUGAAUGUUCGAGAGCUGUCCGGGCUAUAGCAGUAGCAGCAGUAAUAGUCUUCUUCAGUCACAACAACAAGCUAUCUUGCACUCAAGCAAGUCCCCACAAUUGAAGACGAGGUC